UUUUGAGCAGAAUUUGAUAGUGAAUAGAGAUAACAUCACUUAAAUUAGGUUUUGAAUUUUCGAUUAAAAGCUGCAUGGAACUGGAAAAUUGUUUGGAAUUUAUUUAAUUGUUCAAGAGCGUUUGUACGAGACGUUGGUACGGCCGCAGAGACUCUAGAACUUAUCAGCUGAUAAAAACAAAAAAGUAUAAAACAUUAAAAUGACAACAACAUUUAAGAUUAACGGUAUCAACCAUACGGUAAAUCUUAGCAACUUACCGGCGGAUAUCACAUUGAAUACUUUCAUCCGAGAACAUGCCGGUCUCACAGCAACAAAAUUUAUGUGUCAAGAAGGAGGCUGCGGCGUUUGUGUCUGUGCCGUAACCGGUAAGCAUCCUGGUACUGGAGAAGUACACACUUGGGCAGUGAAUUCAUGUUUGACCUUGCUUAAUACUUGUGCUGACCUUGAAAUAACAACUUCUGAAGGCCUUGGCAACAAACGUGAGGGCUAUCAUGCCAUACAACAACGUUUGGCGAAAAUGAAUGGUACUCAAUGUGGGUACUGUUCACCAGGUUUCGUUAUGAAUAUGUAUGCUCUGCUGCAGUCGAAAAAUGGUACAGUCACUAUGGAAGAAGUUGAAAAUUCUUUCGGUGGCAAUAUUUGUCGCUGUACUGGCUAUCGUCCUAUAUUGGAUGCUAUGAAAUCUUUUGCUGUCGAUAGUAAUAUUGAAGUACCAGCAGAAUGCCAAGAUAUUGAGGAUUUAAAAACGAAAACAUGUCCAAAAACUGGUGGACGCUGCAGUGGUACUUGCAAUGGUGUUAAAAAGCCUUUGUCUUAUGAGGAUGGCAGUCAAUGGUUUUGGCCAAAAUCUAUUGCUGAUAUUUUUAAUGCUUUUCAACAGUUAGAAGAGCAAAAGUACAUUUUAGUAGCUGGUAAUACAGCUCAUGGUGUUUACAGACGUGACAAUAAUAUUAAAGCAUACAUUGACGUUAACGGCGUAGCUGAACUUAAGACAUAUACACUCAAUAAUGAUUCGCUUACACUUGGCGGUAAUCUUAGCUUAACAGAGGCUAUGGAAAUUUUCACAGAAGCUGCCAAAACAUCUGGUUUUGAGUACUGUAAACAGUUGUGGCAACAUUUUGAUUGGAUUGCCAAUGUACCAGUCAGAAAUGCUGGUACUUUGGCAGGUAACUUUGCUAUCAAACAUGAGAACAAGGAGUUUCCUUCUGAUAUUUUCAUCGUAUUCGAGGCUUUGGAUGUGAAAAUUGUAGUAAAUAUGACUGCUACAGAACAGAAAACUUUAUCACUUGUUGAGUACCUCAAAACACCGAUGAUAAAGAAGGUUAUAACCGCGUUUAUAUUGAAACCUUAUUCUCAAGAUUCCUAUAUAUUCGAUUCUUAUAAGAUCAUGCCACGCGCACAAAAUGCACACGCCUAUGUUAAUGCUGCCUUUUUAGUUGAAAUUGAGAAACCCACUUAUAAAGUACAUUUAGCAAGAAUUUGCUUCGGUGGUAUUACUGAAGAUUUUAUACAUGCCGACACAAUUGAGAAUCUUCUAAAAGAUAAAAAUCUUUUUGAUCAAAACGUUUUGAAUGAAGUUUUUAGUGAACUACAUAAAAAGCUUCAACCAAAUGUUGUGCUUCCGGAACCUUCCCCAGCAUAUCGGAAGAAACUUGCUUAUGGUUUACUUUAUAAAUUUAUUUUACAACAUGCACCCUCAAAUGCUGUAAGAAAAGAACUCAAGAGUGGUGGCAGCCUACUACAUAGGCCAGUUUCAAGUGGCAAGCAGAGCUACGAAACUCUUGAAAAAAGUUAUCCCGUUAACAAGCCUACUCAAAAGUUGGAGGGUCUUAUACAAACAUCCGGCGAAGCAACCUAUGCUAAUGACUUACCCGUGCAACCAAAUCAAGUUUGGGCCGCAUUUGUACCUGCUAAAAAGGUUGGUGCCACAAUCACCAAUAUUGACACUUCUGAAGCUAUGAAAUUACCUGGUGUUGUAGCUUUCUUCACAGCAAAGGAUAUACCCGGCAAAAAUUCAUUUGUGCCUUUAGAUGAUUUCUUCUUUCCACGUGAAGAAGAACUUUUUGUUGCCGACAAGGUAAUGUUUUAUAAUCAGCCAGUUGGCGUGCUGCUAGCAGAAUCAAAUGCUUUGGCCAAUCGAGCAGCUGAAUUAGUAAAACUGACUUACACUGGUGGCAGUAAAGAGGUGUUGCCAACUUUGAAAGAUGUACUCAAUAGUGAAAACCCAACUAACCGAAUUGAACACAGCGUCAAGUCAAUAAUAAAUAAAUUGAAUAUAAAUGAUCCCUAUGAUUAUACAGCAACUGGCAAACUUGAUAUGGGUUUGCAAUACCAUUACUGCUUGGAACCACAAACCACUGUCGUUGUGCCAAUAGAAGGUGCACUAGAGGUGCACACAGCGUCGCAGUGGAUGGAUCUCAUACAAAUGUCAUUAUCCAAUUUACUCAAUAUGAAGAACAAUGAAAUACAAGUUAAGGUACGUCGUAUUGGAGGUGGUUAUGGUGGCAAAGGCACGCGAUGCAAUCCAGUUGCAUGUGCUGCCGCUUUAGCCGCCUAUAAAUUAAACCGACCAGUGCGCUUUGUGCAGAGCAUAGAAUCAAUGAUGGAUACUUUAGGUAAACGCUGGGCCUUCCAAGCAGACUAUGAAUUUUUUGUUAAGAAUACUGGCAAAAUAGUUGGCAUACACAGCACUUUCUUUGAAGAUGCUGGCUAUUUGCCUAAUGAAACUCCACUUGGUCAUACACAGCUGGUCUCUAAAAAUUGUUACAUGUUCAGUGAUAAUUUUAAAUUAGAUGGCAGCAUGGUAUUUACCGACUCACCCAGUAAUUCGGCAUGUCGAGCUCCAGGAUCAGUGGAAGGUAUUGCAAUGAUUGAAAAUAUUCUAGAACAUAUUGCCUUUGAAACUGGCGCAGACCCAGUUGAUGUGCGAACAGAAAAUUUACUACCAGGUCACAAAAUGGGUCAAAUGUUACCGCGUUUUGUAGAUUCUACAAAGUAUAAGGAGCGUAAAAAUGCAAUUAACAUUUUUAACACAGAGAAUCGUUGGCGUAAGAAGGGUUUGGGUAUUGCUAUUAUGGAAUAUCAUAUGGGUUAUUUUGGGCAAUUCCCAGCUACUGUCGCUAUAUAUCACGGUGAUGGUACUGUGGUGAUCUCACAUGGUGGUAUUGAAAUGGGUCAGGGUAUGAAUACGAAAAUAGCACAAGUUGCUGCAUAUGUAUUAGGAAUUCCCGUAGAAAUGAUCAAAAUCGAAGGAAGUAACACAGUAAAUGGAGCGAACUCCAUGGUAACUGGUGGUUCGAUCGGCAGUGAAUCGAUUUGUUUCGCCGUGCGUAAAUGUUGCAACACCUUGAAUGAUCGCUUGAAAGCAGUUAAGGAAGACUUAAAAGAUUCUGACUGGCAAGGAAUUAUAAGUGAAGCUUACAAUCGCAAAGUUAAUAUGAUAGCCAGUGAUGACAUGAAGCAAGGUGAUAUGGAACCAUAUACUGUAUGUGCGCUUUGUCUUACGGAAGUCGAAGUCGAUAUUUUAACUGGCAACUAUUUAAUAAAUCGUGUGGAUAUACUUGAAGAUGCCGGCGAGAGUUUAAAUCCUAGCGUUGAUAUUGGACAAAUUGAAGGUGCAUUUAUGAUGGGCUUGGGUUAUUGGACUACAGAAAAAAUUGUGGUUGAUAAGGUUACUGGUGAACUGAAAACCAAUCGCACUUGGAAUUAUAAACCACCUGGUGCCAAGGAUAUUCCAAUCGAUUUUAGGGUUGAAAUGUUGCCACAAAGCUCAAAUCCGGCAGGUUUCAUGAGAUCUAAAGCUACUGGAGAGCCAGCAAUUUGUUUAGCGAUUGCUGUUGCUUUUGCUUUACAAGAAGCUUUGCAAUCUGCUCGCAAUGAUGCAGGCUUGAAAAAGAUUUGGAUACCACUAUGUGCACCUAUGACACCAGAGCAUAUUGUACUAAAUGCUGGUACAGAUGUGAGCAUGUUGAAACUAAAUUAAUAAGAUAUUUUUUGGCAGAUCUUUGUAUAAAAUACUUAGAAUUUUGUUUAAUCUGUUUUCAUGUAUGAAUUAGAUAUUAUGUA